GUGGGGCAUGGACGCGGAGAAGUUGGCCAGGACGAUGGCAACAAAUGGCUCUACAGAAAAUCCUUCACGUCAAUAUUCGAGUGUCACCACUUGCAGUCAUAGGCCGUGUUUGUACGAGAAAAACAUGAAGUUUAACAUUACUACAAAAUUCUUCUGCAUGUUUGUACUCCUUCACACACUUCGCAUUUUAGAUUGCUUGUUUCAUCCCUAAAAUGAUCAAUUAUCUCGAAAGGGUUUCGUGAGAACGCGGUGCGGUAUUGCACUUCUCAUGAAAUGGAAUCCGAGACAACUUCGCACCAACGGAGGUUUGUAAAGGUGUGCUCAACUCGCUGCGGAAUGCUGACGCAAGUGUUUCCAAGGAGACCUCACUGUCGGAGAUCAUGCACAAGGUAGAUGGACAAUUUGUUAACCUUUUGGAACAGCGGAGCUUCAAUCGUGCAUUCUACUGCCGCCAACGCCAGGCGCGAGACCGUGACCUACAGUGCUGUUGAACUAACGUAAUUUCCGCGGCAACGUUUCUCCCUGACCUGUUCUUUGAAUAGUCUAGGGGUUACUGAUAUCCAUGCAACUUUUCGGUGCGAGUAAAUCGUGGAAACUAGUUGCUGGGUUUAAUCUGUAUCCUUUCGACAGCAACGAAGAGCUACCGCAGCUUCGGAGACGGAUGCUGAUCCUAAUUCAGCGGUUUAGUAAGCUGUUGGUCCUGCACGCUAACACUAGACUUAGACCUAAUUGCAUGGAAGCGUAGCAACGAUAUGAAGUAUCGUCGGCGUUGUAAUGCUAUAGCUUGUGUUGUCACAACAGACGAUGGUUCAGCUUGAAAACUUUAGGACGCCAUAUUUGGGUCCUUAACGAAUGGUUGAAUAUCCAAUGACAGAUGAUAACCGAAUGCAUUCAUCACGAUGCCUCUGCCGGAGGAUCGAACAGAAGAGAGAAGGGAAAGUGAGUCAGAUGCACAUUUCGAACACGAGUGUGCAGGUCUCAGAUUCCGCUAUGAGCUCCUUGUUCGGGGCACGCUGUCCCGGCAAUCAUUGGGAUGCUGAGCAUUUUGGAACAUAAUCACAUUCUUUGCACUUGCAAUCUGGGUUUGAGGUUACUCGAGAGUGUGAGCAAUCAAUGGCAAUGUUGCAUUCCCGCCCGACGUGGGUUCGCAAGGUGGGAAGCCCAGGGUAUGUGAUCCAGCAUUCACAAGUUUUCGAUGCCUCGAAUUUGCGCAUCGUGCUGCACUCGAAUCUGGGAAGUGGCUGCAGGGAAGUCCAUCGCUCGGCCACCCCCUCGAAGUCUGUGAGCCAAUGCUCGGAGGGAGCGCAACAAAGACCUGUAUCAGUGAUUCGGAAAAUCCGAGAGAGUUUAGUGAGAAGGGAGAAGAGCGCUGUGGAGGUUACCGAAGCGUACCUUGUGAAGCUGAGGGAACAGGAACCCCAUGUGCGGAGCUUCUUGCAUGUGUCUGAGAAGGCUCUACAGGAUGCGCAGGAAUUGGAUAGAAGGGUGGCGGAGGGUCGGGAAAUUGGACCCUUAGCAGGAGUUCCGCUAGGAGUGAAAGAUAAUUUGUGCACUCGGGACAUGCCCAGUACCGGUGGAUCUCGAAUACUACAAGGGUAUUACCCUCCGUAUGACGCAACCGCUGUGGCCAAACUGCGGUCGUCUGGGGCGAUUCUGGUUGGAAAGACCAAUAUGGAUGAGUUUGGAAUGGGUAGCUCUACUGAAGGCUCCGCGUAUCAGGUGACUGCCAAUCCUUGGGAUUUAUCAAGAGUACCUGGAGGUUCUUCAGGCGGUUCGGCUGCGGCAGUGGCAGCUGGCCAGUGUGCAGGGGCGCUUGGAAGUGAUACCGGGGGCAGCAUUCGGCAGCCUGCAAGUUUCUGUGGGGUUGUUGGACUGAAGCCUUCUUAUGGUCGUGUUUCUAGGUUUGGUCUGAUGGCAUAUGCCUCCUCACUUGAUGUUGUGGGAUGCUUCGGAAACUCGGUGAUGGACGCUGCAAUUCUUCUGGAAGCAAUUGCUGGUGCUGAUAAGAACGACUCCACAUGUAGCCCGCAGGACGUCCCAGACUAUACAUCCAACCUACUUCCAAUUGAUGAUCUUGGUAGCAAACCGUUGGCUGGUAUUAGGUUUGGUAUCAUCAGUGAGACUAUUGCUGACGGUGUCGUUGAGGAUGUUCUAUCAGCUGUUAAACAAGCUGUAACGCACUUAGAGAGCCUCGGUGCUUCUGUGCGAGAGGUAGCAAUGCCCAAUUUCUCACUAGGUCUCCCAGCGUAUUAUGUGCUGGCAACUUCAGAAGCCUCGUCGAACCUCGCUCGCUAUGAUGGUGUCAGGUAUGGGCCACGUGCCCAUGGUGAAGAAGUAAUGUCCAUGUAUGCCAACUCUCGUGCUCUGGGUUUCGGUCCCGAGGUGAAGCGGCGGAUUUUGAUGGGGACCUACGCUUUGUCAGCGGGCUAUUAUGAUGCAUUCUACAAGAAAGCUCAACAGGUGCGAACAGUAAUUCAGCAGGAUUUCAAAAAUGCCCUCGAAGAAGUUGAUUUGCUUAUUUCACCAGUGACUCCUACAGCCGCUUAUAAGAUAGGCGAGAAGGUGAAUGAUCCAUUGGCCAUGUAUGUUGGAGAUUUGAUGACGGUGAAUGUGAACCUUGCUGGACUCCCUGCUCUUGUGGUUCCUUGUGGUCUUGCGAAAGGUGGAACUUCUGGUCUUCCAGUCGGUCUUCAGAUGAUUGGUCCAGCAUUUAGAGAGGAAAGCAUAUUGCGACCUGGGCACAUAUUCGAGCAAACGUUACCUACGAGCUUCAGCGCUCCAACACUAGUAUCCUAGCUGUAAGCAUGCACGGAAUUUUAGGAAGAGCAAUUCAACAGGUCACACCAGAUGUUUGUCAUCUACCUGUUAAAAAUUUUGCCACUUUCACUCGUUGAAAUUCUAGGAUGGAGAUCCUUGGUGGCGGUGAGCCCCAGUCUGUAGUCCUUCCAGCAACGUCAACCGACAUGAAGUGAGAUUUUAUGCCCUUGUUAUGUAGAACCAUUUUCUAUCUUGGUUGUGCCAGUUCGAAAAGAGCCUUCAUGUAGCGUCAGAUUCGUCAAAUCGCACCAUCGUCUCAUUUGUGACAA